CUUCAUUUGUUCCACAGAACGGUGCCCAACGGGAUACACAGGCCGAGGUAAAAACUGUUACGAUUUUGUAGAGACCCCGGCCAGUUUCCAGGACGCAGAACGGCAUUGUGUCCAGGACGGCGCCAUACUGGUUCGCAUCGACCCCAAUAAGAUGCACGUUUACAAGCGUCUGCAGCGCGCGGCUAGUCGAACUGGCUCUGACGUGUGGAUCGGACUGAGUGACAGGGUGACCGAAGGGACGUUGACCUGGAGCAAUGGUGACCCCUACAAGAUAAAGAAGAGCAAGCGCAACAAGUUCUGGGCCAAACGUGCUUGGGGACAGAACAGCGAGGAUAAAGAUUGUGUUUACAUGAGUAGGAGCGAUAAGUACCGUUGGCGCUUUGGCAACUGUGACGAUGAACGUUCCUUUAUCUGCAGGUUCAUGGGUUAAAACUGCAUUUAUCGUAACCCUCCUUGCUCUCCAAGCAAAUAUCUUUAGCGUAUUCUAAUUCCUAUAAUUCUCUAUGUAUUAACAUAAUAUUAUAGCCCUGACAGUCCCUUAACUGUUGUCUUGCUGACUUUUUUUACACAGUAUUUUCAAAUAAUUUAAGGUCUUCAUCAGGUCAUAGAUCCUUGAUUUUUGU